AUGGCGUGGUGGCGGGGAAGAUUUUGGAUUCUAUUAUCUCCGCGGGAACAUAGUUCUGAUCCCGAGAUGUUAGAAGGUGUUAAAUCAAUAGGUGCCGGAGCUGCUGCCGGUAUUGGAAACGUCCUUAGUUCUUUGAUUCAUUCCAUGGCACGAAAUCCAUCAUUGGCUAAACAAUCAUUUGGUUAUGCCAUUUUGGGCUUUGCUCUCACCGAAGCUAUUGCAUUGUUUGCCCCAAUGAUGGCCUUUCUGAUCUCAUUCGUUUUCCAAUCGCAUAAAAAGUCGUAA